AUUAAAUCAAAAGGUUUGGGGAAGACGAAGCUAGGCGAGUUGGUCAGAGACUUCAUGGAAUGAAGAGAUCAGAAGAAGAUGUGGGUGGUAGACAUUACAGAAACGAUAAGAGAAGCAAGGCUGAGAUGAUCAAACUGUGAAGUUGCCUUAACUAAGAGGCAGUUUUCACUGAGUCUAUACUUGAACUCAUGAGUCCAAAAUCAAUCCAGGUUACUGUAUAACAGUGUUUCUCAGUACGCCCACUAAUUGCCCACCUGUCGUCUAUAUAAUAAUAUCAACAUACGUGUAAUGCAACUCAGUCAAUAUCGCCAGAUGCCAUCGGGCUAUUAUAUUUUGACACCAAAGCCAUACUGCAUGUUAUACACAUGUGAAAUUACAAGCUAUAUAUGCGAGACGUGCUGUGAUCGAAGCGAAAUCAAUACAAAAUCCACAUCGUGAAAAUGAUUAAACGGCCACCACCUAUCAUUUUAAUUCAACUCAACUCCGAACCAACUAUCGCUGCAGAAGGAAACUUUCACUUUUUGGAAUACUUAGAAUUCAAAUUAUAUCGGUUUAAUUUGGAUUCGUUUAUAAAGUUCGAACGCGGGGACGAUUGGAUUCCGGAUCGAAUCGAAGAAACGGCGGAAAAAAUCCAGGAUAUAUGCGGCCUCCUGGAACAUUUAUAUCCAAAAUUAUACGUACACGUUUCACGACAGCUGAAAGUCACAUUACGAACAGAGCUUAUUAUUUGUGAUAUAUUUCGAUGCUUUUGUCGAACCUUGUUUAAAACUGGCAUUAGUUGGCCUCGGAUUCUGGCAUUAUUUGCGUUCGCCAGUGGCCUCGUAGUUGACUGUAUUCGCGAAGGCCGACCUGAAUUUGCUCGCACUGUUGUUUACUGUGUUAAGGCUUUUAUUGAAGAUAAUUUGUCUGGUUGGGUGAAAGAUCAAGGCGGUUGGGUAAGUUUAGGUUUUGGUUUUUAUUAAGCAGUGGAUUUUCAGAUGAGCAGGGCCCUUUUUAAAAGCCCCAUACAGACCCGCAUUUUUUUCUCGGACAAGUUUUCCUUGACAAAUUGUAUUUGCUCGUGUGUCAAAACAUUGACAAUUUUUCCUUGGCAAGGGGGCAAGGUACUGUAGCCUUAUUCCAAAUCUAUAGACUCAUGCCAGCUAUUGGACAAGAAAAAUUUGUUCGUGUAAUGCCGCAAAGCCAAAGGAAAAUCUGAGUGUACAAGAAAUAUUUCUAUAGUUUCUGCAAGCCAGGAAAAUUUGACAAGUAUACAAGAAACACUUCAGUCUAUAGCUUUUGCAAACAAAAGGCAGCCUUGACGCGAAAUAAAUGUUUUCAAAACAACAUUCCGUACACUAGCAACAAGCCGUGUAAGGGAAACUUGUCAAUGAAAACGUACUCGUCUGGAUGGGACUUUAUCAUUACUAAACAGGUUCAAUAUCGUCGAGAUAGCUGCAUCUAUCUGCUUUCUAUACAAACUAGGGAAGAUUUGCAUAUAGUCUUCAUGUUUUCUCGAUCUUUUUUCUGUUUGUGCACCUUCAAAAAAAAACCCAUUGUUGAGGAAACAACAUUUGCUAGGGGCUACUAGGGAAGCAAUUUCUUUGCUCCGUUUCCUGCAACGCAAUUUCCGACACAGACAUUUUUGUCGUCUGAUAUUUUUAACUGCCACGACUCACGAGCGAGGCAGGUGUUCAAACGACCUUUAGUAAGUACAAAUGAAGAGGGUCAUCCGUCGAGAGAGUCUGUGACAGCCUUCAAGACGAACUUGUAUGUAUACUUCAUGAAUGACCGUCUCUUCGCCAAAUUUAUUUUGCACACACGAAUUAUCAAAUGACCCAUUUUUUCAUGGCCCAAAAGUGAGUAGUCUUCGACAGAUGGCCACGCGCAAAAUGACAUUAAUGAAUGGUAUUUAGUCUAUUCAGUACAUUCAGUACAGUAUUAUUUUUGGACUUUUAGGGUUAGUAUUAGGGUUUGGAUUAGGGAAAGGAUUAGGGUUUGGAUUAAGAUUAGGGUUAGGAUUAGAGUAAGGGUCAGGUUUAGGAUUAAGUUUAAAAUACAAAAUAAUACAAAAUUACAAAAGUCUAAAAAUAGUAACUCCCCCUAAAGGCUGCUCUCCAGUCACGCGUUUUUCAUACGUGCGCAGGCAAGAAUACGCACAGAAAAGUUUAAAUCUUUUAAAAUUUAACACUAGUAUGAAUUAUCCGCUGUACAAAUGCACAUUAAAUCAUUCACAAAACUAUAUGCUUUCCUUUUAUUCAUUCAGUUAUUUCAUAAGUAACAUUUAAAGAUAUUUCAACUUUUGCGUGCCCACACGCACGUAUGAAAAACGUGACUGGAAAGCAGCCUUAAAACGUGACAGGUAUAGCCCACCAGUGACGCCGCCGGGAGGGGGCGAAGGGGGGAUGGCGAAGGCAGCCGUCCCAUGCCUCAAUGUUUUUCAGAGUGUAGUUAAUUUUAGAUUCAUUCAAAUUCGAUGAAAAAUUGGGGGAGGAAAUCUAUCAUCGGACAGGAUGUCGCGUAUUUUGCGCGAUCUACUGAAUAGACAACUUGCAUGUUUAUAGACUAAUUUUUUAUCUAGGCAAAAAAAGUAAAUUCCCGUAAAGAACUUAUUAGAAUUAGUAAAAUCGCAAAAUUUGGUUACGAAAUGUUGUAAAAUACGGAAAAUAUAGCCUCGCGAAGUUUGCAUAUUUUGUAUAUGUUUGUAUUACGUGCAAACAUUGAACAUACACAAAAUUUGCAAACUUUGCAAGACUAUAUUUUCCAAGCUAACAAGCUUUACAACAUUUCGCAACCAAAUUCUAGCUGUGGUGUUUGAUUCCCUUCUCUUUACUUAUUAUUUAGGCAUCCUUCGACCUUUGGCCAGCAAUUUUAUGUCGUAGUAACUUCUAAUAUAUUAUAUAUCUAUAUUUCGUUUUCCAGGAAAACAUAUUGGAACAUUUUCACUGUGCAGGGCAUAAAGACAGCUGGUGUGACGUCAUAGCCUCGUUCCCAGGCCUUAUGUGGUCUUUCCUUCUCUCGCUUCCGACGAAAAUGGAAAACUUUGGAACCAUGUUAAAACUUAAAAGGCAGUAGAUAAAGAGAGAUCAAAGAGGGCAGAAAACCUGUUGCAGUGGGAUUCAUAUGUACACACGUAAAAACGCACAAGUUGUAACAAACCUAUAACAAACCUGCAGCAGACUUGUAGCAAUGCUGUUCCAACAACUUGUCAACAGGAUGUGUUCGCACCGCUUGUUUCCAGCUUGUUGACACUAAGUGGUCAAUAGCCCUGUUCGCAGGCUAAGUGGUCAACGGACUUGUUAAGCUCAGCAAACUUGUUGCAAUUAGUUUUUCCUACAACUUGUUAUAUAUCGUCCUGCAAUUCAACAAUUUGUCAACAAGUCGUGAGUGACAACCUUGUAUAUAUAUAGCAACUUGAUAAAAUAACAGCAUUGUUACAACGUCUUGUUGACAAGCAAGCUUGCUACAAGCUUGUUGCGAACACAUCCUGUUGACAAGCUGAGUGAUUUUUACGUGUGGAUCUCAAGAGAGAACUCGAAAUGCGACUUUUUAUUAUUGUAGUUGUUUGU